CACACACACACACACACACACACACGGAUACAAGCCCGCUUCUAAACCAGGGUCAGAGAAUGUUUUCUGCUAGCCUUCCUGGGAAUAAGCCCAGCUGGGGCCUAAGGUCACGUGUCCUAAGUGCUUGCAAGGCCACUGACCUCUGACCCAGUGUUCUGCCAGCCCUUGAUAACUAGGUUGUUUUGUUUUUGUUUUUUUUUUUAUUUCAAAUGUGUGGUGCUUUUAUUUUGCAUGCAUGUUGUAUAUUGUUCUCCCUCCCUUACUCCCUUACUCCCUUACUCUCUCUCUCUCUCUCUCUCUCUCUCUCUCUCUCACUCUCUCUCUCUCACACACACACACACAUACACACACACACUAGGGUAUCUGUGCAGAGAAACACUCUGGAUAUAACAGCUCAGGAAGCAGAGGCAGAAGGAUGGAGAGUUCAAGGUCAGCCUGGCCUGCAGAGUGAGUUUGAGGCUAGCCUGAGCUACACAGAGAAAUACACACUCCUUUUCAUUUAUAUAUAAAUAUAUAUUUGUAUAUAUAUAUUUAUUGAUCAUGUCUGCCCUUAUACACAGUUACAUACUAUCACACACAGCCCAAAGACACACUCGCACCCAGAACCCAUUCCCAACACCACAAGGAGAGAGCCGUGCGCUUGCACACACAGCCGGGCCCGUGCUGUGAGGAGCGUGGGCACACCCGCACACUGACUGUGGAGGCCCCCCUUCCACACGCACACUGUGAAUGCACCCUGUGCACGGGCCGGCGGGCACAGCUGUCCACACACUCACAGACACAGGGCCGCACGCCCCAAAGCCACAGACGUGCAUUUCAUCUUGAACUUUCCGUUCCUGAACCCGUGUAGCCCUGAUGACGCCAUGGGAAAACAACUUUGGACGUUCAAACAGGCCGGGCCGCUUUACAGGCCCCAGAGACAGGGGAACCCGGGGCCAGGCACUGGCUCAAGAUCCCUUGUUGCGUGACCUUGGCCAGCUCACUGUCCCUUGGCUGUCCUACAAAACGGAGAAGCCACCAAUACAAUAUCAGUAACUUCUGCCCAGGUUCUGAGGUCCAUGAACUUGACAUUUUUCUGGUCUUCUCCAUUUUAGAGAUUGGCAAGCUGAGGUCUACAUGGGAGGAACUGAUUUUUUCUCUAAGUCUCCCUGCUGGUCGACGGCAGGAAUGUCCCCAGCCUCAAGCAAACAGCAGCCCGGGCACUAUACCCUACGGACUGGAGCCCAGCCCUGUCAUUGACAGAAGCCUAGCCUCACGGGUCCUUGAGGCCCCGAGGCCUUCCUCUGCCCCUGGUGUCCCAGCAUCCCUGGUUAAAGAUAACCCUGGUGUUUACACAUCUCCGGAGCGGGAGGGGGCAAUUGAAUGGCAGCUCCAGGCCAGGCCAGCCUCCAGUGCUUACGCAGUGACUCUGAAAUACUCACUGCCCCCAGGGCACCACAGCCGUGUGUGACACUUGUCUCUCCCUGGCUUGGUCGUUCCUUCUGUAAAAUGGAAAGAAUGGUAUUGUCCCCGAGGUGAUGGGAUUAUUUAGAACAAGCUACCCAAAGCAGUGGGAAGGCAGGCCGGGGCACAGUAGAAGUCUGUUUACACGAACUUUCUUCGCUUUAUCUUUCUCCAGGUAAACAGGAGGCUGAACCUGCUGGGAUGGUGCAGGCCUUUCGCUGUCCCCUGGUCUUCCCUAGCACAAAGCUCUCUGACUGUUCUCUCUUGUUUGUUUUGAGUCUGGCAGCCCCAGGCUGGCCUCAAACUCACUCUGUCUCGCUUAGCCUAGUCUCUGACUUUUGAUCCUUCUGCCUCUGUCUUCUGAGUGCUGGGAUUAUAGAUGCUGUCCCUCGCUCUGAACGGUUAAGGGCGUCAGGGCUGCAGCUCAAUUAGCACAGUGCUUGCUUAGCGUGUGUGGAGUCCUGGGCUCCACUCCUCCUCGGCACCUCACAGCCUGAGUGGCAAUACAUGCUUGCUCCCGGAGGUGGAGGCAGGAGGGUCGGGAGAUCAAGGCUGUCCUCAGCUUUAUAGAAAGCUCAAGGCCAGCCUGAGCUAUGUGAGAGCCCAAAGAGGGGGAGCAGUUUCAUUAGCUCCCUGGGUCCUCUCUUCAGUCUAGGGAUGGAUAGUCUGAGUGAUCCCAUUGACAAAUGAGGAAACUGAGGACCAGAGAGGUUGAGUAACUUGACUGAGGCAACACAGGACUGAGCAGAACCCCAGAUCUGUUUGGCUCCCAACAGCACCUCAGUGACAAGAGGCUCCCUGUUCCUCAGCCUUCCGGCCCUCUGACAACAAAGCGGUUGCUCCUACUAAGCCAGAACCAGCCUGGCCCUGUGAAGCUAAUCAUUUAAGAGUCCCAUGCCUCAGUUUCCCCAUUUUUGAAGUAGGGAUUGUAAAGCAGAGACAGAAAUAUCCCCAUCUCACGGGGUUGCUGUGACAUCAAGGAGCUAACACGUGUAAAAGCCUGGCACCGAUCAAGAGUGGUGGCACCUGUCAUCCCAGCGUUGAGAGGCUAAGCCAAGAGAAUCUUGAGUUUGGGGGCAACCUGGGUUACAAAAUGAGUCCCAGGGCCAGUCUCAGAAAGCAAGCAGGGAAGCAAACAUACAAGGCGAGUGCGUAGCUUGAGGGGCAUGGGAGGGACAGAGAGAAUCUGAGUUUCUAAAAGUGUAGUCGGGAUGAAAACGCCCAGCCGUCCACAUAUCCUCGAAUUCUGACUGCAAGAAGAGGAUGGAGAAUAACAUGGGGGGGCCUCUGGAGCCAGCUUCCUGGGUUUAGAUCCCGGUUCUGCCUCCACUGGGGCCACACCUAAGCCACCACCCCCACCCCUGACUUUUUUCCGCUAUAAAUUUGGUCAUGGCCCGAGGGUCAUGGGAAGCCUGGGAUGCCAGUAGUGAAGUUUCAGGGUCAAGCUCGGUGGGUCUGAUGUGGAAGAGGGAGGUCACCAUGAGUGUCUGUAUCCCCGUCCUGGAUCUCGGCUUUCAGAGAGUUAAUUAGGGCGACGGGGAGGAGGGUUGGCUUUGGGGCAGGGCAGCCGUCCUACCGAGGGUGACCACCAGGGGGUGCAGCUGGCCUGGUUCUGGCCUCGUGGUGCCUCGGUGACAGGGUGGACCACACCCUCCAAGAGAAGGGGCCGGCCGGGAACAGCUAGGCUAUCCCCCAUCCCCCAGCGGCUUCUCCUCCCGCCCCUCCCAUCUGCAGUCUGCAGAGCCAUCUGGUUUCCACCCUGGGGACAUCCUUCCCACUCUCCCAACUGGGGUUGAGUGGGGACUCUGAUGAUGGGGGUUGGUUGGGAAUGCCUGGGGUAGCUCAAACCCUUGGCAGCCCCGCCCCCCUCAAAGGCCACUCAGUCCCUUCCCUGGGCCUUUUCUUACGAUGGCCCCUGACCUCCUCCUUCCUACCCUUCUGCUGGGCACAUCCCAGGCCACAAGUGGGACAAGAGUGUGGGAGGGCACACAGAAAGUACUGGAGACUUGAACCGGGCAGGGAGGUGAGAGUUGCAGACACCAGGCAGAAGGAUCAGGACAGACCACACACACACACACACACACACACACACACACACACACACACACUCCAGAGAGACAAAGGCAGAAAGACCCGAGAUCGCAGGGGUUGGGAAACAACCAAAGAAAGGUAGGGAGAGAAAGAUAUUGACAGAAAAUCCAUCCGACACUCCAGAUACAGGGAGUGAGGGAACAAGAAGCCACCAGGACAGCGCAGGUCAGCAGCAGGAUGGCCGGGCAUCCCACAGAGAUGUAGUGGUCUGCGCCUGGCAGGGUGGGGUCAGUCGGAGCCUGGGCUGGGGCAGGGGGCAUGGGAGGGGCAGGCCUUCUGUUGCUGCUGUUGGCCGGGACUGGGGCAGGAGAGGCCUGGAGUCCCCCGAAGGGAAAGUGUCCUCCACGCUGCUCCUGCUCCAAGGAGAGUUCCCUGUGUGAGGGCUCCCCUGAGCUGCCUGAGAGUUUCCCCGCUGCGCUCCUGUCACUCUCACUCGUCAGGAUGGGGGUCUCCCGGCUGAAGGCUGGCGGCUUCUUGAAGAUGCCAUCAUUACACCUGCUCCUGUUCACGUCCAACACCUUCUCCGCGAUUGAGGACGACGCCUUUGUCGGCCUGUCCUACCUGCAGUUCCUCUUCAUCGAGGACAACAAGAUCGGCUCCAUCUCCAAGAAUGCCCUGAGAGGACUCCGUUCACUCACACACCUAAGCCUGGCUAACAACCACCUGGAGGCUCUCCCCAGAUUCCUGUUCCGAGGCUUGGAGACUCUGACUCAUGUGGACCUCCGUGGGAACCCGUUCCAGUGUGACUGCCGAGUUCUCUGGCUGCUGCAGUGGGCGCCUACGGUGAAUGCCAGUGUGGGCAUGGGGGCCUGUGCGGGCCCCUCCUCCCUUAGCCAAAUGCAACUCAGUCACCUGGACCCUAAGAAGUUCAAGUGCAGAGCCACAGAACUGUCCUGGCUCCAGACUGUUGGGGAGUCGGCCCUGAGCGUGGAGCCCUUCUCCUAUCAGGGGGAACCUUACAUGGUCCUGGCACAGCCCUUUGCUGGCCGUUGCCUUAUCCUGGGCUGGGACUACAGCCUACAGCGCUUCCAGCCUGAGGAAGAGCUAUCUGCGCCCUCCGUGGUGUCCUGCAAGCCUCUGGUGCUGGGCCCCCGCCUCUUUAUCCUGGCCGCCCGCCUGUGGGGGGGCUCGCAGCUCUGGUCUCGGUCCAGCCCCGACCUGCGCCUGACCCCAAUGCAGGUCCUAGCCCCGCAACGCCUAUUGCGGCCCAACGACGCCGAGCAACUCUGGUUGGAUGGGCAGCCCUGCUUCGUGGUGGCUGACUCCUCCAAGGCCGGCAGCACCACGCUGCUGUGCCGCGACGGGCCGGGCUUCUACCCACGCCAGAGCCUGCACGCCUGGCACCGCGACACGGACGCCGAGGCCCUGGAGCUAGACGGCCGGCCGCACCUGCUGCUCGCUUCGGCCUCCCAGAGGCCUGUGCUCUUUCACUGGGUUGCAGGCCACUUCGAGAGGCGCACAGACAUCCCGGAAGCAGAGGACGUCUAUGCCACGAAACACUUUCAGGCCGGUGGAGACGUGUUCCUGUGCCUGACACGACACAUCGGGGACUCCAUGGUCAUGCGCUGGGACGGCUCCAUGUUCCGCCUGCUGCAGCAACUUCCGUCUCGGGGUUCCCACGUCUUCCAGCCACUGCUAAUUGCCAGCGACCAGCUGGCCAUCCUGGGCAGCGACUUUGCCUUCAGCCAGGUCUUCCGCCUUGAGCCUGACAAAGGGAUCCUGGAGCCCCUACAGGAGCUGGGCCCCCCGGCCUUGGUGGCUCCCAGAGCCUUUGCCCACCUCACGGUAGCGGGAAGACGCUUCCUCUUCGCGGCGUGCUUCAAGGGCCCCACACAGAUCUACCAGCACCAGGUGCGGAGCUGACGGACCGGGUGUGGAUGUCAAAGUUGCCUUCCUCCAAUGCCGAGGAUGAGGAAGAUGAUGAGGAAGCGCACUGCCCCUGUGCUCCGAGAGCCCCCACCCUGCCCUCCUCCUCUCCCUGCCCCCCUGCUCAUGGUGCUCCUUCCGCCUGGGGUCUGCACCAGCUCCUGCGUGGUCCCUGCUGGAGGUGCCCCCUCCCCCCAAAUUCUGCCUUUCUCACACAGAAGGACUUUUGUCUGGGGGCUGGAUGGAGAACAAGGCACCAUUGAGUCGCUGGCAGAGGAUUGGGGUCACUGGGAGGGGCAGGGCCAGGAAAGGGGUGGCUUCUAUUCGGCCACCAGCUGGACUCCAGACGACCCCCAACACGGUGGCGGGGGCAGUGGGGUGGAGCCCCAGGGGCACCAGGAUAGGGAGAGGCUGCUGCUGUGGGAGAGGGGAGUUAAAGGGAGUUUAGGGUCAAGGGUCUUCGGGGUCAGGAAAAGGACCCCCCACACCCCACUUCCCAUCAAGGCCUCCCUCCUUGAUGUAGCUCACCUAGCUGUAUUAGCCUGUGUUUCCUGGGGCAACUCCUGAGCUCCAGGCCCUAGCUAGGACAACGUUUCCUGCCUCUCCAGAGAGGAGCCUGCUCCCUCAGGGCGGUACCCAAGCGGCAAGCACAGAGAGAGUUAGAAACAGAGGAAGGACAGGGCUGGCAGAGGUCUGGGCAGGGAUGAAGUGCAGAGCAGCCCAGGUCCGCUCAGGAAAUCUUUGCACCCUCACCAAGCCACGAGUUUGAAUACCCCUGGGGGAAAAGAGCUAAAAAACAAAACAAAACAAAAUGACAACAAAACAAAACAAAAACGUUGGUGGUCCCAAGAGUAGGAUGGUGUCUCCCUCUGCUGGACACCAUAGAAACUACAUGCAUUGGAGCGUGGCAACUGGGUUGUGGGAAAGCUUGGGUCUGUGUCUUUCACUGCUUCACCCAGAUGCUAGAGGGUCCAGGUGAGUGUGAGGCCAACCAGCAGGCUGAGAGUGACUGUCUUGUCUGUGGUGAGCAGUACCCUGCGUUCAGAUGUCAGCAGAUCUCUAGGCAGCCUGACAAGGGACCAAAACUAGGUGUGUGUGCAUGUGUGUGCUUGUGCAGAGAUAAUGUGUCUCUGGAGAGUCACACUCAUGUGGGGAGGGGACCUGGAAAAAGACAAGAGAAGAGAUUCCUACUUCCACUCAUACUCAAAUGUGCUAUCUUCCUUCAGAGCUUACCUGGGGGGAAUGCCGGACAGAUGGCCUGGCAGUUCAGUGUUCUUUAAAGCUUGCUUGAAACUGUUAAGGGUAGGGCAGUCUGGCACACACCUGUAAUCCUGACAUUUGGAAGGCUGAGGCCAGAAGAAUUUGAGUAGGAGUCCAGCCUGGGCUACACAGCACGUCCUAGGUGUAGCCCAGGAUAUGUUGCAAGAUCCUGUCUCAAUUUGUUUGAAAUAUUAAGUACGAUAAAAUAAUCAGCUAAAACGAACAUACAGUCGUUGUUCCGUGUCUACACACAUUGCCAGGAUGCUCCUUAAGCAGCCAAAUGCUUGACUCUUCACGUCCCUUAUUUACAAUGCUAUAGUAUCUGUCCAGAACCUGGCCGUGUCUACUGGAGGUUUAAAAUACCUCCAGGGCACUGUAAUACUCGAUACAGUGAAGAUGCAAUAGCUGUUACUCUGUGUUGUUGUCCUGGCAAGUGUGUCCACCCCAGAGAGUGAUGAGUGCUGCCCGACACACUUGUAACAGAGACCAUGUUGCAAGGUCAAAAGGUCAGAUGUCACAAUCCCCACCCACCCACCCACCCCUGCAGGCGCA